GAGCAGUGUCUCAGUAAUAGUUGCAGAGCUGUAUCCUCACAGCCAGCCCUCCGCAGCAUUGACACCCUUAUUCAACUGUCUGCAAACACCCCGUUCGCUGCAGCAUAUAUAAAGAGAUCAACCGUCUGAGUUCUUAUUGUAGUUGAUCUUGGAGUAUCUCCCAGAAGAAACCAGCGUCCCCUAAAAACAGCAGGUGCAACAAUGAGGGAAAUUCUGAAUAUCCAGGCUGGACAAUGCGGGAACCAGAUCGGAGCCAAGUUUUGGGAGGUGAUCAGCGAUGAACAUGGAAUUGAUCCUUCGGGAAGUGCCCGUGGUGAAAGUGGUAUCCAGUUGGACAGAAUCAACGUCUAUUACAAUGAAGCAGCCGGUGACAAGUAUGUUCCCCGUGCAAUUCUGGUGGAUUUGGAACCUGGCACUAUGGAUUCCGUCAGAUCCGGGCCAUUUGGACAAAUAUUUAGACCAGAUAACUUUGUAUUUGGUCAAAGUGGUGCUGGAAACAAUUGGGCCAAAGGUCACUACACAGAGGGAGCUGAACUGGUUGAUGCAGUGCUUGAUGCAGUGAGGAAGGAGUCUGAAAGCUGUGACUGUUUACAGGGAUUCCAGCUCACUCACUCUCUGGGUGGUGGUACUGGCUCUGGGAUGGGCACCCUCCUCAUCAGCAAGAUCCGAGAAGAAUAUCCUGACCGUAUCAUGAACACUUUCAGCGUGAUGCCCUCGCCUAAAGUUUCGGACACUGUGGUGGAGCCAUACAAUGCUACCUUGUCUGUGCAUCAGCUGGUGGAGAACACAGAUGAGACGUACUGCAUUGACAAUGAAGCCCUUUAUGAUAUCUGCUUCCGUACAAUGAAGCUGACCACUCCCACAUACGGAGACCUUAAUCACUUGGUCUCCGCAACUAUGAGCGGAGUCACCACAUGCCUCCGCUUUCCUGGACAACUCAACGCUGACCUUCGCAAGCUAGCGGUGAACAUGGUGCCCUUCCCUCGACUCCACUUCUUCAUGCCAGGCUUUGCCCCACUUACCAGCCGUGGCAGUCAAAAUUACAGAGCACUCACUGUGCCAGAGCUGACUCAGCAAAUGUUUGAUGCCAAAAACAUGAUGGCAGCUUGUGACCCACGGCAUGGACGCUACUUGACCGUUGCUGCCAUAUUCCGAGGCCGCAUGUCCAUGAAAGAAGUAGAUGAGCAGAUGCUGAAUGUCCAGAACAAGAACAGCAGUUACUUUGUGGAGUGGAUUCCUAACAAUGUUAAGACGGCUGUCUGUGACAUUCCACCCCGGGGCCUCAAAAUGUCCUCCACCUUCAUCGGCAACAGCACUGCCAUCCAGGAAUUGUUCAAGCGAAUCUCCGAUCAGUUCACCGCCAUGUUCCGCAGGAAGGCCUUCUUGCACUGGUACACUGGUGAGGGGAUGGAUGAGAUGGAGUUCACUGAGGCUGAGAGCAACAUGAAUGACCUGGUAUCAGAGUAUCAGCAGUACCAGGAUGCCACUGCAGAUGAACAGGAAGAGUUUGAAGAAGAAGAGGGAGAUAAUGAUGAAGCAUAGAUAGAAGCCUCUCUGUUGAAGAGAAAGUUGUGUUUUUGAGUCAAACUACUGAAUUCUGCUGAUUCUUCCAGCCAAUUAAUUUAGAAGAUGCGCCAUGAAAAUGGAAUUCCUAUUGAAGGUUUGUGUGUGUGGUUUAACAUGAUCUGUAGUUUUAAAGCAGUAGUGCCCCCAGUAGGUUAGGUUAUGAAACUCAAUUUUAUGAACUGGCCUGAAAAGCCAUAUCCAGCAGCUACUGAACCUAUCUGAGUAGCUUGUUUCAGUUUUUUAGAUUUUUAAUUUGUGUGUUUCUAAAUAAAGAUACCUUGUCACUUCUGGUGCUGACAUACAGCCUUUUAAACUCCUUUAGUGAUUGUUUACCAGAUUGGCAACUGAGAUUUGCCCUUUGUUUGUUCAUCAAGGAAUAGUAUGAUCCCUUUUUUUACUUGCAGACUUCAUUUUGUUUCUUUUCUCUCGGCUGAGGUAAAGGAAGGAUACUUUUUAAAAAAACUAUUAAAUUUAACAAUCAGGGCACUAUGGCUUUAGAUGUAGUCAGAGUUGUUUUAAAAAGGAACUAUAAUUAAUAAUUGUAACCUUCCCUAGAAUAGUAUAAAGCACUGUUCAGUAGUGACUGUUGAGAUCUGGUGGUGUUACGUUGAUUGAGAUACUGAGGCUGACCCUAAAACAGUGGUUUACAAUUCCGUGAACUGCCAAAGAACCCUCAACAGGUUCACACAGCUCUUUCUGGAUUGGUGAUUGUUCUCUGUAUUGCAUGCCUAUCUAAGUUUGUCUUUC